CUCGUAGCGGCAGCACAAUCAAGCUGGUAGCGAAGAGAUCUCUUGCACAGCUUACCGGCGAGAAUAAACUCUCAUCUGAGCUUGAAGUUGCCAUGGCGGCCGGGAGGAUGCUGACCGGAGGAGGAAGGCGGGUGGCGCUGGUGGCGGCGCUGCUGUGCGCGGCGGCGGCGGCCGCCGCGGCGCAGCAGGCGUCCGGCGUGCGCGCCACCUACAACUACUAUCGCCCGCAGAACAUCAACUGGGACCUGAACGCCGCCAGCGCGUACUGCGCCACCUGGGACGCCGGCAAGUCGCUCGAGUGGCGCAGCAGGUACGGCUGGACCGCCUUCUGCGGGCCCGCCGGCCCCACCGGCCAGGCCGCGUGCGGGCAGUGCCUCCAGGUGACGAACUCGGCGACGGGCGCGUCGAUCACGGUGAGGAUCGUGGACCAGUGCAGCAACGGCGGGCUGGACCUGGACUACGACACGGCGUUCAGCAAGAUCGACACCAACGGGGACGGCGUCCGGGACGGCCACCUCACCGUCAGCUACCAGUUCGUCAACUGCGGCGACAACUGAUGAUGACUCCAUCACCAGUAGGAUAGCAGCAGCUGCUGGUGCACGUACAGGAUUAUAUAUGUAACCCCACAUGGCCAAAUUAUUAAACUUGAGGAUGAAUAAGUGGGCGCCCAAUGCAAAUAAAGCUUUGUUAUUGUUGAACAAUAUGGAAUAAAAAGUUAUACUGUAUCACACAAGGCAUGUUGCAACCUUACCUAUCAUAUAAUAAAUGCAACAUAGACUUUUUAA